AUGGUAACCUUGGGUUUCGCCAGAGCAUCUUCUUCAAGUGAAUGUUGUGCUGUGUUCGAAUCCGAUAUCACGGCUGCACCGAAUAGCAAAGCUUAUAAUUCCACCAUCUACGGAUUUUGGUCGGGUCAAGCACGCGACGAUAAACCAACUUGUGUUGUACAACCUACUACUAGAGAACAUGUGGCUGCAGUGGUGAGAGCUCUUACUCGAUGGCAGUGCCAAUUUUCGGUAAAGGGAGGCGGUCAUACACCAUUCGCUGGAGCGGCAUCAAUAAAUGGUGGAGUUACCAUUGAUUUAGCUAAGCUUAAUACUAUAUCGGUGGAUAAAAAUGUCGGUAUCGCAAAUAUUGGCGCAGGGCUGAAGUGGGGACAGAUUUAUGAGUAUUUGGAAAAUAAGGGUAUGAUGGUCUCUGGUGGUAGAGCAUCUCUGGUUGGAAUUGGCGGCUUAGUCGUUGGAGGUGGUUACUCUUGGUUUGCGCCCCAAAAAGGUUUCGUAGCGGAUACUGUUAUCAACUUCGAGCUUGUGAUUGGAAAUGGUUCAAUUAUCAAUGUAAAUGCCACUUCGAAUUCAGAUCUUUUCGUCGCAUUGAAAGGAGGAGGUAACAAUUUUGGUAUCGUAACUCGCUACGACCUGGAGUCAUUCCCUUUCGAAAAGUUAUGGGGAGGAAUCAUGUCCUAUCGACAAGUUUCUGGUACACAGAGUAUCCUUAAUGUUAUUGAUUAUGUCGCGCCAAUUGUAGCUCCACCUAUUUACUCCGAUGCACUGGCGAUUCCGGGUUUAAUAUCUAGCACAAUGCGAAUCACAAAUUGCGGAAAUGUACGAAAGAGCCGUGAAUAUCUCGAACAAAACUUGGAACCUCUCAAAGAUAUUACGGGGUUUGUUUGGUCCAUUCUCUUUCAACCUAUUCCACUUAUCGUCAGCGAACAUUCAAUAGCAAAUGGUGGAAACAUUAUGGGUGUGGAUCGGAAUAAAGACAAUUUGACACUCUUUUUGGUCUACGUGACUUGGCUUGAAGCUUCGGAUGACCAAAAGUUCACUGAUGCAGCUUAUGCUACGGUUGAUGAGAUCAAUGCGGUGGCGGAGAAUCUUGGAGUUACCAAUCCUUUUAUUUAUCUCAAUUAUGCAGGAAGAAAGCAAAAUCCAUUGACGGGAUAUGGAGAGGAGAAUAUUGAAAAGAUGAGAUCUCUGAGUGAGAAGUAUGAUCCUCGAGCGACUUUUCAGAUUUUGGUCAAAGGGGGAUUUAAAAUUCCGGGUAUGGAAAUCGUUAUGGACUAG